UGACGACGUACACACGUGACCAGAGAGAAGGCGGAAGUCGGCAGAAUGUGAACCAUGCACUGUAAUGGCUAUUUUCCUACGUGGGCCAAAGUGGAAUAGUGGGAUCUGAAAGACCAACCCAAACUGGAGCAGCACCUUGCCAAGGAGCGCCGCCCUCCCUCGAUACAUUUUGCAAAGAUGUUGGCCGAAGGAUGCUCUUUUGUGAAGGGGGCGGCCUUGGGAGGUCUCUUCUGCCUGGUGCUGUCGCUCCUGGCUAGUUUCAGCCCCAGCAACCAGCCUGGGUCGGAGGAGCGCCACCAUCACCACCAUCACGUCCAAGCACCGAGUAACGACGAGCUUAAGCGCCUGUCGGACUCUGAGGCCGAGGAAUUGACAAAUCAGGUCCGUGUAUAUUGCGUCAUUAUGGUGCAGCCCAAGGUUCUGGUCCACUGGGCCGCCGCCGUGGACACCUGGAGCAAACACUGUGACAAGGCUGUGUUUUACACCUCAGAGUCCUCCAAAGCCCUGGAGGCAGUGGACCUGAGCGAAAAGGAUGAUUGGGCGAGGUUGCGUAAAGCUCUGAAGCACGCCUACGAGCACGCCGGGGAUUUUCGCUGGUUCUAUAUAUCGCAGCCCACCACAUUCGCCAUCAUCGAGAACCUUAAGUACCUGCUGCUCACUAAGGACCCCAGCGAGCCAUUCUACAUCGGGAACGCCAUGAAGUCUGGCGAGCUGGAGUACGUUGCGUACGACAGCGGCAUCGUCCUCAGCUACGAGGCUCUCAGGAGGCUGGUGGGCGUUUUCCAAGACAGUGACAAGUGUCCCAUGAGAGGACACAGCCUGUGGAUGCUGAGCGAAGACAAGCAGCUGGCUGUGUGCCUCAAGUACACGGGCGUGUUCGCCGAAAACGGCGAGGAUGCGCACGGCAAGGGCCUGUUCAAUGGCAAGAGCAUCGAAAUGUUGAUAAAGGACAGCAUGAAGAACAACCCCCAAAACGUGGUGGAAGGCUGCUGCUCCGACAUGGCCGUCACCUUCAGCGGGAUGAGCCCAAAUCAGAUGCAGGUGAUGAUGUACGGCAUCUACAGACUGCGUCCUUUCGGCCACGAUUUUCACGACUGGUUGACGUUUAACCCCCCGGAAGGUUCAGAAAAUGACUAGAUCUGGCUUUUUAUAUUAACUGCUUGUAUGGGAAGAUAGUUUUCUAAUGUUGAUUUGUCCAACUGGAUGUUUACUGCAGAGGGAAUCCAGCUUUUACAAGUUUUCUACCUUUUGCACUCUUUGCACCCGAUCCUGGAGUGUUACCAGUCGAUGGGCACACUGUCCUUUUGAAUGAAGAGACGAGCUACGUCAGUGCAGAGGUUACCAGCAGGUUUUGUUUCUUGUAAUGUCCUACGGCCUUUUUAAUGUAUUUGUCUUACUGUAUGUGUGGUGGUCCUGCAGCUGCAUAACAUGGAAGCACCAAACGUUGAUUUUGAAUGUUGAAUUUGGUUCUGCUCUGGAAGAUCACAGGGCGGAACAACCUAUGACAGCCUAUGACAACAGGAAAUUAUGUGGGUGAUUACUUUUUGUAUGUGUCAAAUCAUUAUUGGAUAACCGGCACUUGAUAAUGACUAAAUUAUUAAAAAUGAUAAUAAAAGUUGGAAACAUGUAACUGGUCAUGUUCAGCAAGUGUUGUCAGCUUAGCUAGAAAUAUUGCACGCUUAACAGAAGGUGGGGUUUAUUGCUGUGCUGACCCGGCCUUGAGUCAUGUGUAAAUAUGUCCACGCCCUGUAUUGCUGCGUGGGCAAGCCUUGCUCCAACUGAUAGUACAAAGAUCUUAUGAUACACCACUUUUCAACAGUUUUAAAUCCGUAUCAGAGGUAUGUAUUGUGCAAAAUCUAGCUGUGAUGCUGGAAAUGCUUUUAGUCAGGUCUACAGGGAACACUCCGUUUUGCAAAUCUGUAGCUUUAAUGCUCAUGAGCUGUGUUUGUCUCAGAGUGUGUGACUGUACCAGGCUGUAUUGUGCACCUUUAUCCACCUUUUCCAUACACCCUAACUCUGCCCUUGUCCAGUGUAAUAGAUGUCAUAUACAACAGUCAAUACAUUUAGGUUGAGGUCAUGAAAAGCUGCAAUUUCUAAAGCAAGCGUUUGAAGUGGCUCAAACAAGUGAGUGAGAUCAUUGAUUUUUCUUGUAUUGGUGCUCAUACACAGGCUCUCGGGCCACUUUAUUCCUGUUAGAUCAUCAAGUAAGGGGGAUCCUUCAACCAGACCCAAAGCAACAACUCACAAAGAGAAGAUGCGUUCAAAGCGUGGGGUUUCUUUUAAUUGGUGCACAAUGGUGGACUGGUUCAAAGCUUCGAAUAAAUUGGUGUAAACAGAUGAGCCGUCAAGCUCACUAAAUAUUUUGAGGGAGGUGGGAUGUGUCUUAUUUAUACGUCUUCAUGUGCCACAAGCCGUCAUUCAGAUAGUGAACAUUCUCGAUCCCGAUGCCCUUGUUGACUUUUUCUCUGUGUGCAGAAGGCAAAAUGAUUAGAAGAGACCCCAUUAAAAUGGCUUAGACUCCAUUUAAAGUUUGAGUAACCAUAUUAAACUUACAUGCUCUCUGCAGACAUCUUCAUGACGCCAACACACAGUGCGUGUUGUUUACCCUCUGCCAUGAUGGCCUGUGCGCUUUGGUUAAGGAUGUAGCGUAAGAUGACGUGAUUAA